GUUGUCUGUCAUAAUUCAUGAUUCUGGUCUGGGAAAAAGACCAACAGCCUACGUGCCAAAAAAGGGGCAGAGUUUGAUGGAGUUGGGUGUACUUUUAUGUGCCAUUUUCCUCCACACCUAGAGGAAAGCACUUUUGCAGGCAUUCUGUGCAGGGGGAAUCAUGUUUGACUGUAUGGAUGUUCUAGCAGUGAGCCCUGCUCAGAUGCUGGAUUUCUACACUGCGAGUCCGUCUUCCUGCAUGCUCCAGGAGAAGGCUCUCAAAGCAUGCUUCAGUGGAUUGGCACAAACAGAGUGGCAACACCGGCACAGUGCUCAAUCAGUUGAAACUCAGAGCACCAGUUCUGAGGAACUUGUUCCGAGCCCUCCUUCACCACUUCCACCCCCUCGUGUUUACAAGCCCUGUUUUGUCUGUCAAGACAAGUCAUCCGGAUAUCACUAUGGUGUCAGUGCUUGUGAGGGAUGUAAGGGCUUUUUCCGCAGGAGUAUCCAGAAGAACAUGGUUUACACAUGUCACAGAGAUAAAAACUGUGUUAUCAAUAAAGUUACCAGAAAUCGCUGCCAGUACUGCAGACUACAGAAGUGCUUUGAAGUGGGAAUGUCCAAAGAAUCUGUCAGAAAUGAUAGGAACAAAAAGAAGAAGGAACCUUCAAAGCAGGAGUCCACAGAAAACUAUGAAAUGACAGCAGAGUUGGAUGAUCUCACUGAGAAGAUCCGAAAAGCUCACCAGGAAACCUUCCCCUCACUCUGCCAGCUGGGAAAAUACACUACAAACUCCAGCGCAGAUCAUCGGGUUCGACUGGAUCUCGGGCUUUGGGACAAAUUCAGUGAACUUGCAACAAAGUGCAUUAUUAAAAUAGUGGAAUUUGCAAAGCGAUUGCCAGGCUUUACAAGUUUGACCAUUGCAGACCAGAUAACUCUACUUAAGGCAGCCUGCCUGGAUAUACUGAUCCUUAGAAUUUGCACAAGAUAUACACCAGAACAAGACACCAUGACGUUUUCAGAUGGCCUUACCCUAAACCGAACUCAGAUGCACAAUGCCGGAUUUGGCCCACUGACUGAUCUCGUGUUCACGUUUGCCAACCAGCUCCUGCCUUUGGAAAUGGAUGAUACAGAAACAGGUCUCCUUAGUGCCAUCUGCUUAAUCUGUGGAGAUCGCCAGGACCUUGAAGAACCAGUGAAAGUGGAUAAGCUUCAGGAACCAUUGCUUGAAGCACUGAAAAUUUAUAUCCGAAAGAGACGACCCAACAAGCCUCAUAUGUUCCCAAAGAUCUUAAUGAAAAUCACAGAUCUUCGUAGCAUCAGUGCAAAAGGUGCAGAACGUGUCAUUACAUUGAAGAUGGAAAUUCCUGGAUCCAUGCCACCUCUUAUUCAGGAAAUGUUGGAGAACUCUGAAGGACAUGAACCACUGACACCAACCUCAAAUGGAAAUACUGCAGAACACAGUCCUAGUAUCUCACCUAGUUCAGUGGAUAACAGCAAUGUCAGUCAAUCCCCUAUGGUGCAAUAA